CUGGUCGAAGACACGAAGCCCUCCGGGCCUCCACUUCGCUGGUGCGUGUGGGGCUGUUGGCGCCGGUGAACGAGGGAAUUGAAGAAGGGGGAGGCGUUUCGGAAGUUCCAUUUUCUCUGUCCGCCAACGAUGGUAACAUCCGUCCGAUCGGUUCGCAACCUUGCAUCGUUCUCUUCACUGUCUUUCCGUCUGCUGAGAGAUUGCCAUUUGGCUCCACCAGUCACCAACACACCAAACGUUCUCCCCCAAACUCGGUCACUCAUUCAUCACAGAUUCAUUCCACAAACUAACAUCUUGACCAGAAGUGACACUCGCGCAUUGUCGACGUCUUCUGUACCCGUGGCAAAAGCUUUCGAUGCAAAUAGGCAUCGCAAGAGUUCUUUGAGGCGGGUUCAGCCUCUAAAUCGUAAGUUGAACCCAAGGGCACAUGCUAAUUCUGCGAUCGAGCUUGCAUUGGAUUCUGUUGUCAAAAUAUUCACCGUUUCUUGCAGCCCCAACUACCUUCUCCCUUGGCAAAAUAAGUCCCAGCGCGAAACAAUGGGUUCCGGGUUUGUAAUUCCUGGCAAAAAGAUUCUUACAAAUGCUCAUGUGGUUGCGGAUCAUUCAUUUGUACUUGUAAGAAAACAUGGCUCUUCCACAAAGUAUAGAGCAGAAGUCAAAUUUGUUGGUCAUGAAUGUGACUUAGCUAUGUUGAUUAUUGAAAGUGAGGAGUUUUGGGCUGGCAUGAAUCCCUUGGAGCUUGGAGAUAUCCCUUUUUUACAGGAAGCAGUUGCUGUAGUGGGUUAUCCUCAAGGUGGUGACAACAUUUCGGUCACUAAAGGGGUUGUUUCCAGAGUUGAGCCCACACAAUAUGCACAUGGAGCAUCACAGCUGUUGGCAAUACAGAUUGAUGCAGCUAUAAAUCCUGGCAAUAGUGGUGGCCCUGCAAUUAUGGGCAACAAGGUUGUUGGAGUGGCUUUCCAAAAUCUGUCGGGUGCUGAGAAUAUAGGUUACAUUAUACCAGUACCAGUAAUAAAGCAUUUUAUAUCUGGUGUAGAAGAAAAUGGAACUUAUAGUGGAUUUUGCUCCCUGGGCUUGUCAUGCCAGCCUACUGAAAAUGUUCAACUUAGAAACCAUUUUCACAUGCGACCUGACAUGACUGGGGUGCUUGUGAGCAAAAUUAAUCCACUUUCAGAUGCAUACAAGAUUUUGAAGAAGGAUGAUGUCAUACUUGCAUUUGAUGGUGUGCCGAUAGCAAAUGAUGGAACUGUUGCUUUCCGAAACAGAGAGCGAAUUACAUUUGAUCAUUUGGUCUCCAUGAAGCAGCCUAAUGAAAAGGCUGUAGUCAAAGUUCUGCGGAAUGGUGAAGAGCAUGAAUUUAGCAUCAUUCUCCGUCCUCUGCAACCGUUGGUUCCAGUUCAUCAGUUUGACAAGCUCCCAAGUUAUUACAUUUUUGCUGGUCUGGUAUUUGUUCCACUCACUCAACCAUUCCUGCAUGAAUUUGGUGAAGAUUGGUAUAAUACUUCACCACGUCGAUUGUGUGAACGUGCAUUGAGGGAAUUGCCCAAGAAGGCCAAUCAACAACUUGUUAUUCUAUCUCAAGUCCUGAUGGAUGAUAUCAAUGCUGGGUAUGAGCGUCUUGCAGAAUUACAGGUUCUCAAGGUUAAUGGAACCGAAAUUGAAAAUUUAAAACAUCUGUGCCAGCUUGUGGAAAACUGUAGAGAAGAAAGUGUGCGAUUUGAUUUGGAUGAUGAUAGGGUCAUUGCCUUGAACUAUGGAUUGGCAAAAAUUGCUACUGCUAGGAUUUUGAAGCGUCACAGAAUACCUUCGUCAAUGUCUACUGAUCUUGUUGAUGAACAGAGUAAUUUAUCUCUGAAUUAGGUUUCUCUUCUGGAGACUUUCUGCUGUUAACUUGCCUUUUUGGAGGGUUGAAGAAUCCAUGAGGUCGUUGCACAAAUAAACAAGAAUUUACCAACCAAAACAAGAGGCAGAGACAGUCACUACUCACAAAUUGCUUCAGUGGGUGUCCAUCUUUGACACUGUUUCACCCAUAACAAUAGAGUGCAAGCAGGCAUUACUUGUGUUUUUGGGUUAGUGUUUGUUGUACUAAAAUUUUAAUGCUUUCCAUUAAAAAUAGUAAUAUUCUUUUAACGUUGCGGAGGUGACGUACUUUUGUAUGAUAUUUGAGGCUACCCACCUCCCCUUUUCGGUAAUGGCAUGUCAAGUGGGACCUCGUUUACUGUCAGGAAUGAUGGGGCUGGCAAGUGGGAUGCUCAUGUGAAUUUGGUUAAAUCGUUGCAAAUGAAUUACGUAUA